AUGGUGAGGUCUCCUUGCUGUGAGAAAAUGGGGUUGAAGAAGGGGCCAUGGACAGCUGAAGAAGAUCAGAUUUUGAUCUCCCACAUUAAAAAAUAUGGCCAUAGCAAUUGGCGUGCGCUGCCUACGCAAGCUGGUUUACUUAGAUGUGGGAAGAGCUGCAGACUCCGAUGGAUAAACUACCUGCGGCCAGAUAUUAAGAGAGGAAACUUCAGCAAGGAAGAAGAGGAAGCUAUCCUCAAGUUGCAUGAAAUGCUUGGAAAUAAGUGGUCAGCAAUUGCAUCAAGAUUACCAGGAAGGACGGACAAUGAGAUUAAGAACGUAUGGCACACUCACUUGAAGAAAAGACUCAAACUAGAUGCUGAGUCCAGGCCACAACAAUACAUCAGAAUGCCAAACUGUCGUCUCAACAACACUAAGCUAUCAGAAUCGGCAAAUUCGACUAUUAAUCCUACUCAUUCAGGAUCUGAGAGUAUAGGGUAUGCAGAAAUGUCUCCCCAGCCCUCUUCUAGUGAUCAUUCCUCAGUCACGUACACUUCAGUCACCACCUCAGAAACAAACAGCGGUACCGGCACAGGCAUGAUAAAGGUUGAAAACGUGGACUUGUCAGAGAUUUAUCCAGUGAUCGAUGAAAAUUUUUGGUCCGAACCAUAUGUGGUUGAGAAUCCCAGCAUGCCAUCAAAUUUUCUAGACGACUUACAAUCUCAAUUCCCUUACGUUCCAAAUGUUGAUGAUGGCAUGGAGUUUUGGUACAACCUUUUUGUUGGAUCUGGGGGGAUAGAAGAACUACCAAUGUAA